UUAGGUCUGAAAUGGGACUUUUAGUAGAUAUUGUGUUACAAGGACAUGGAACUACGAACGAUGGCAAUACUGCAAGGAAAUUUUUUAAAAACGCUGAAUUGUCAUCCUCCUGUACUGGAAUUGAUAUUAAUUUAAUUAAACGGUGUGGUACAAUUUUAUCGGUAAUAGCGAGCGGAUAUAUAAUAAACAUAAAGGCCUUUGAAGAAUAUUACUUUUUAACAGCUAAAUUGUUUGUAUCAUUGUAUCCAUGGUACUAUAUGCCGGCGUCAGUGCAUAAAAUUUUGUUACACGGUGCUCUUAUUAUUCAAUAUGCGCCACUUCCUAUAGGGAACUAAUCUGAGGAGGCACAAGAGAGUCGCAAUAAAGAUUAUAAAAUGUACCGAGAACAUCACACCAGAAAGAAUUCGCGC